UUAACUCCGACCGGGAACCUGAAGCACAGGGGUCUCCCCUAGUGCAGAGUGGUACAAUCCAUCACACAAGGCACCCUGGGAUACAUGUAGACAUUAUGGCGGCUAUUUCAAGGAAAAAGUCGGAGUUGGCGACAUCCUUCAAGUCCAGACUCGAGAGUCUAGACUGUCCGUACAUUGAGGGUGUGGAGGAGUCCUGGAUAACUCAGCUGAUCUUCACACCAGGGGAACACAGGUUACGACUUCUGCAGUGGCUUUUCAGCAGGAUUGACCCCAAGCUGUGUGACAUUGUCGAAGGAUACCACAGUACACAAGAGAGAGAACAAAGGUUGUUGUUUUCUGCCUCCAUACUGGGACUCUGUAAGAGGGAGGACCUCGAUGUUAUUAGAGGCACUUGCUCUUUUCCGGGACAAGCAUCGUUCAUGGACCAGUUGAUAGACAUGGUGUGUAUCAUCAACAGUUCUCAGGAUGCCACCCAGAGAGCCAUGUCCAGCCCUGGGCACAUCAGUGAGUCCAGACCCUUGGUGGAGCAGGCAGAGGCUGACUCCCACCUAAUGGACAGAUUGAGCAGACAGUACACCUUCCAGUCCAUGUUCUCUCACAAACUGGCCCUCCUGCCACCAGACAUCAAACAUAGUGUGGAGAAAGGAUGGAUGGAUGCUGGCAACCAGAAGGGAUCAGGCCCUGACCCCCCUGAUGUUGGUACCUUACUGGAAGCAGCAGCAGGGUUGAGCCGACAGCUGGAGAUCAGCACAGCUCAGCUGCACCACCUACAGGUGAAGCAUACGUAUGGAGAGCCCGACCAUUUGUCUGUCAGUAGAGUGAGUCAGACACUUGGGUUGGUUUUGUCGGAGUUGGAACAGCUACUUACUGGAUUCUCCUACUGCUACGAGCAGGAACUGCGCUCAUGGUGUAACCGCACCCCUCCAACUCUAAGUGAGCUGGGCCCUGCCUUCAAGAGAGUCCACAGUCUCCUCACUAACUUCACCCAGCUCCUGACCAGUCUGGACACACUGAAGACCUCCUACAGCAGUAUCUGCCAAGGGACUAACCCACAGCAAGACCAGGUGUCAGACAGACACAAUGGCGUAUUCAACAGUCUUGCAUUAUUAGGCCAGUCAGCAGCCUUGAAGAUGCAGGACUGCAUCAGUGUUCUGGACCAGUCUGUUCAUCGCACCAGUGCACUCCAGGACUCCACUUUACUGGCCUCAACAGCCUUGUCAUGAUGCAAAUCAUGAAAUCAUCUUAACUUGCAUUCAACAAAUUCUUCAGUUGACUGAAGGUUUCACCUGGGGUUUAGAUUUUGUCCAAAUGGUGGCAGAAAAAGUUGUGUAGAAAAUGUGAAGAAUGUUUCCUUUGAAGUUUGAUACAGCAAUUCAUUGAGUUUUGUGUAUUAACUAAGCAAAAUUUGAAUCCACCCUGACCAGCAAGGAAAAGGGGCGGACAAACAAAAACUGGAUCUUGUCUAUGGGCUAAUGUUACAAUGCAGGCUCAAAAUACAUUUUUGGUUGAACUUGUAAUGGUGCAUUUUGCAUAUUGUAAACCUGGAUGUCUAACUUGCAUAAACAAAUUUAAGCUUAUUGUUCUUUGAUUCGGGUUAUUUCCUUCUACCUUUCAUUGCAAGAUAACUUUCGAUGAUGAUGACUGGUUUAUUUAUUCAAACAAUUAAAAAGUACACAUGCCCCUGAUGGCAUACUACUUACAAAUGUACUAGAUGUGGUUCUGUUGAACAAGAACUUGUAAUUUGUAUAAGACUUGCUCAUAGCUUGUGCAGAAAACUUUUGUUCUUCCAGUCCAUUGCUAUGCUGUGAGUACCUUCCUGAAUACUGUUAUAUUAAUGAGGUCAGUUUUUGCCCGUCUUCGGUUUUUGUGCAAGCUAGUUAUGUACAUUACUGGAUGAUAUGAGAUGAUGUUGAAAAGUCUUGACAUUUACAUGAUAAUGAUACCCCGCUCCUCUUCAAUGAAAGCUGUGCAUCACUUUAUCCAUCCAGACAUCCUUUAAUGACGUUUCGUUCAGUAAUUAAAAUAGGCAAUAAUGAACGAAUCAUAUCACAUCUGCUACAUCUAUCAUUUCAUCAUAUUUUACUCUCAUGGGCUGCCAGCCACAAAUAAACUCACCACUCAGCUCUGUUU